AUGGUCGGGAGAAUUGAUCCUUUGCCACUAUCCAAUCAAGCGUCCCAGGUUCGUGCCCACCCCGUGCCCACAACCGUGCCCACCACCGUUCCCACUGGCAGCUUGGGCCACUUGCGGCCAUUUUUCUUUGAGUCCGCAACCCCGACACUCAUAAGCCCUGAUCGCAGGCUUGACCCCCAAAUGUUCACACCCCAGGGCGAAUGGGUGGUAGGCGAUGUCAGGCAGACUGCACACUAG